AUGUUCGCCGCACCUCUCGCCGCACUUACGCUUGCCGCUGUGGCAAUGGCCCAGGACGCUACUAUCCAAGUCGGGUUGUCGUCGGGUAGUGAUGUCUUUGUCUUCACCCCCACGACUCUGAAUGCUACGACGGGCUCGGUCAUCACCUUUAACUUCAGCGGAGUUCCAGGAUUCCACUCCGUCACGCAGUCUAACUUCACGAGCCCGUGCCAGACCAUGCCCGGAGGGUUUGACUCAGGUUUUGUUGAGAUUGGCGUCUCUGGCACUCCCGCAGCGAUCCCCACAUGGAACUUGACGAUCACAAACCAGUCCGUCCCGAUCUGGUUCCACUGCAAACAACUCGCGCCUCAGCCGCACUGCACCGCGGGAAUGGUCGGCGGUAUCAACGUGCCCGGCUCGGGCCAGUUCUCAUUCGCGGCUUUCCAAGCCGCUGCAGAGAAGGCCAGCGGUCAACCCGGUCAAGACGAAGGAGGCCUCGUUGGCGUAGGAGCAUCGGCUUCUGCCCCUCCGAGCCCACUCACUGUAGCAGGCGUCUCAGGGUUGAGUAACCCCACCGCGGCUGCAGCGAGCGGUAGUGCUGCCGCGACGGGUUCUGCUUCCGGCUCCGCCAGUGGCUCUGCGGCCGCUACCGGUAGCGCGAGCGGUAGUUCUGCCAGCAGCGCGGCGUCACCCGCCAGCACAGGAUCUUCCGAUGCGACCACUUUCACCGUCAAUAGCCUUGUUGUUCUUGGUGCGGCUGUCAUGGGCAUUGCGUUCGCCUGA